AUGUCUGUCCGUGCAAUCCAUAUUGCUGUCCUUGACACCGAUAUCCCUUGCUACCCUCUCUACGCCAAACGAGGAUUGUAUAGCUCACAAUUCAACGUUCUUCUCACUGCCGCCGCAAAUCGCAUCAAUGCAACCAAAUACUAUCAGAAUAGAAUAUCUCUUGGUGUUCACAUCACUGCGUUCGACGUUGUGGGAGGUAAUUUCCCACAUCUCGCGUCCUUUCGAGUCACCCCUUGGUCGCCGAGCGAAAAUGGACACCCUGGCUUCCCAGGUCCUAUCGAUGCGAUUCUGGUCACUGGAGCUGCAGCAGCGGUAUAUGAUAAGCUACGCUGGAUUUCAAGUUUGCGAUCUUUUAUUAAGAGGGUGUAUACGGACUAUCCGAUGGUCAAGAUUUUCGGAUCUUGCUUUGGACAUCAACUUAUAGCUCAAGCGCUGCUCGCAAGUGACAAAAGCUACACGUCCCAAGGAUCUUCAUUUAAGAUAUCUGUCGAACCUUCGUCUAAUGGCCACGAAAUUGGCAUACAUCCUAUCUUCUUGAACCCAGCUUUCGUCUCAAACUUCCCACCUCUAGCUCGGUUUACUGCAGAACAGCCAUUCCAUAUUCAAGUUAUCCAUGGGGAUGCCGUGAUAUCUACACCAGAAAAUUCACCAAUUCUCCGGGGAAAUGGGACGAUGUUGCCUGAACCGUGGCUCAGUAUCGGAAGCAGCCUCAAAUGUCCAAUCCAGGGCCUCUACAAGCCUGGCCACGUUCUCACGCUACAAGGUCAUUUUGAAUUCGAUGCGUUUGCAACUGCUGAGCUCUGUCAUAAAUUUGCCAAUCAAUUUGACUGGCCUGCAGAUGUAAUUGCUUCGCAUUUAGGAAACAUCAGGCGCUCUGUGGUGCUUGGCAAAGAUGAUGAUGAUGACUCUAAGAUAGCAGCGGAGGCGGUCCUUUUGUUUUUCGCCGGCGAAGACUGGACUCCAAGCGCAGAUAUCAUCCAUCCUCAUGUUGAUCGUCUUGUCCGACCUUGA